GGCUUGGCAGGGAAGGGCCCAGUGAUGUCAGCCAGGGCCAGGGGGGCCACAGCCUUUUAGCCCAAGCCUCAGCCUCCCCCAGCUGCAGUCUCCAUCAUCUGGGGAGGGAGAGUGCCAAGGCUGUGAAGAGAGAACUUGAUUUCCUCCUCUUUCGCUUCCUCCUCCGGUGACCAUGGCGAACAAAGGACCUUCCUUCGGCCUAAGCAGAGAUGUCCAAGCCAAGAUCGAGAAGAAGUAUGACGAUGAGCUUGAAGAGCGCCUGGUGGAGUGGGUGGUGGCCCAGUGUGGGGCAGAAGUGGGUCGCCCCGAACGCGGCCGGCUGGGCUUCCAGGUCUGGCUGAAGAAUGGCAUUAUCCUGGGCAAGCUGGUCAACAGCCUUUACCCCAGUGGCUCCAAGCCUGUGAAGAUCCCUGACUCGCCUCCCAGCAUGGUCUUCAAGCAAAUGGAGCAAAUCGCCCAGUUCCUGAAGGCAGCCGAGGACUAUGGGGUGGUGAAAACGGACAUCUUCCAGACAGUCGACCUGUUUGAAGCCAAGGACAUGGCAGCCGUUCAGAGGACACUGGUGGCCUUGGGUAGCCUGGCUGUGACCAAGGACGAUGGGCAGUAUCGCGGAGACCCUAGCUGGUUCAUGAAGAAAGCCCAGGAGAACAAGCGGGACUUCUCGGACAAGCAGUUGAAGGAGGGCAAGAACAUCAUUGGCCUACAAAUGGGGUCCAACCAGGGCGCCUCUCAGGCGGGCAUGACGGGCUAUGGCCGGCCCCGUCAGAUCAUCGGCUAAGCAGGGAGAUGGCACCGCCUGCAUUCCAGCAAGAUUGGCCCUUGGCACCUGCACCAGCAGUUCAAAUGCCACCCACUGACCAGCCUUCCCUCUUCUCCUUUCCCUCCUGCUAGGGCAACGUUGGCUGCCAAGCUGGUAUUUCCUGGAGAACCUUCCAACUUCACCUUUGAGUCAUGCCCCAGAAGCAAGACCGCCUGGGAGCCAAGGGUCUGGACUCUAACCAACCCCCUGCGGGUGCCCGCUGCAUGCCCCCUGCUUCACCGGCUACCCUCCACCCCUUUCCACAGCUGUGGUACCGGCCCUUUUGCAAUGCCUGGGGAGGGAGACUUCAUUACACCGGUCCCCGCCCCAGCCCCUCUAACAAAAGUGCCACCGGAAAUCCUGUCCCCCUGGCAGAGCUGAACUAGGCUGGAGCAAAAUGUGCACCAGAGAGAAGCAACCUUUUCUACAGACCCUUCCCAUGAGAGGGGGGGGCAAUUAUACCUCUCCCCCUAUUUUGUACUUUGUUGUUAUUGUUGUCCAUCAAUUAAAAAGAAAAAAACUACCAU